AUGUUUGCCAAGAAUUGCGUCGGUACAGUGCGUAGGGCCGGUUUGGGGGCUUCCUUUAUGGCGAGAAGAACCAAGGUGACGUUGCCCGAGCUGGACUGGGAUUUCAACGCCUUGGAGCCCCACAUCUCUGGUAAGAUCAACGAAUUGCAUUACAGCAAGCACCACCAGACGUACGUGAACGGGUUUAACACCGCGGUGGAGCAGUUGGAGGACCUGUCGUCGCAAUUGGCCAAGGAACCGUCGCCUUCGGUCGCCAGGAAGAUCUUAGGCGUGCAGCAAAAUUUGAAGUUCCACGGCGGUGGUUACACGAACCACUGUUUGUUCUGGAAGAACCUGGCUCCCGAGUCGCAGGGCGGCGGUGAGCCACCGAAGGGCGCGUUGGCCGAACAGAUCGAGAGCCAGUUCGGCAGCUUGGACAACUUGAUCAAGUUGACCAACACGAAGUUGGCCGGAAUCCAGGGCUCCGGAUGGGCGUUCCUGGUCAAGGACUUGGACAACGGCGGCAAGCUGGAGGUGGUUCAGAGGUACAACCAGGACACCGUUACUGGUUCGCUGAUCCCAGUGCUAGCCAUCGACGCCUGGGAACACGCUUACUACCUACAGUACGAAAACAGAAAGGCAGAGUAUUUCGGCGCGAUCUGGAACGUCGUCAACUGGAAGGAGGCUGCUCGCAGAUUCGAGACCUGCGAGAUCAAAUAA